GCUCUAAAUGACCCUACCUUCCUGCACUUCGAUGUCCAUCUCAUCUGCUGUCUAAGACCCGGGCCGGAGCGUGACACGAAAGCGAGAUUCAUGCGUAAAAAAUGCUCGUGCCCACUAUUCAGGUGUUUUAGUCGUUGCGCAUCACGCGUGAAUCGUCGGAACAACCCUCUCCAUCGCCUCAGCGCGCUUGUUGGGGCACAGUGGCUGUCUGUCCGUCUGAUAAUGUGUCCAACCCACUGAUCUUUUGCAGACUGUAAUCUUAUCAGUGUCAAACCGUAGCUGCCCUUUCCUCUCGGGCAGUUUCUGCCUGUCUGUGGAUGGCGUUUGCGCCAAAAUCUGGAUAAAGUAACAUUUUUUUUUUUUAUCAGAGAAUACUUUUAUCUAAAGGAUUAGUUACUUUUACAGUUACAGGCGCGUUUGAAUGUGUGAUAAAAUGAACAUUUGACCGUUUUAAACUUUCGACCAGAAGAAGACAUGGAAUCUAUAUGUAAAGAAAGGAGUCUUUUAUACUUACUUCUCUUUGCAAUAUGCACAGCCAGCGUUUGCUUUUGUGCAAGAAGAUCAAAUGUUCGGAGAUCCGAUCGUCUGAGUCCUCCAUUAGACAUCCAGCUGGAGACAAUCAACUGCACCGCCUUCAGUGUACGAUGGAAGAUGCCCCGGCGACAUGUUAGCACCAUCACUGGAUACAAGGUCUUCUAUACAGAGUUGAGGAAUGGCCGUCCAAUUGGUACAGCAUCUUUGAUGGAGGUGCCUCUCAGCUUGGACAUGCUGACCACAGGGCAAUUUGACGGACAAGCAGGCUUUGAUGUGGACAUUGGUAACCUAAAGGUGAACACUAAGUACAGAGUCACUGUUGGAGCGUAUGGUUGGGCAGGUGAGGGUAGACCCAGCAUGCCCAGAGACAUCAGCACUGCUUCACAUGAAAUGUGCAUGCCCCCAUCACCCCCCACUCAGCCUGUUGUCAUGGCUGUAUCUGACACAGAGCUGGCGUUGUCAUGGCAGCAAGGAGAGAGUGAGGGAAGCGCACCUGUCCUUCACUUCCUGGUGGCUUACAUCAGGCCAGAAAUGGACACGGAGUGGACGUACAUUCGUGAGCCCAUUGAGACUAAUUCCAUGGUUUUGAAGGGGUUAUUACCGGAAACAGAGUACCAGUUUGUUAUAAGGGCGGUCAGUGUGCAUGGAGUUAGCCCCCCCAGCCACAUCAACAACCCUGUGCGCACUCUAGCUGCCGUUCUGUAUCGAGGAGACACGUUUCAGUAUGUGCUGCAGCAACCUGAGUACAGGCUAACAGGUGCAUCAGAUGUUGGCAGUGGCGAUUACGGGCGUUACACCACAGAUUCAAGGAUCAAAGAUGAAGAUGGCUUCGACAUUGAUGACUCUGAUUAUGAUAUCUUCAUUGAAGAGUUGAAGCCAUUCCCAGGUAUCAAUCAGGGCAACAAGAAGUCCCAGCUCCGUUCGCGCUCUGGUCUGCCGUCUGGUCGGAACGUUGUUUACCGUAUGAACACCAUCGCUCCUCCCAACGUUAGUGCCCCUCCAGCUUCCUCCACCACCUCGUCCAUCUUCCCAGACUUCACAGAUCUGGUUUUCUUAACUACCUCAGAGCCCAGUACCACUAUUGACACCACAACUACUGUCCCACUUACCACCACCAGCAUCACUUUGCCAACCACUACUACCACCCCAACCAUGUCCCCCUGGAAAGGUGAGGUACCUCGUGUGUACGACCUGACCUGCGAUGAUACCGUGUGCCCCCCCGACAGCUUCUGUCUCAGUGAUUACGACAGCGGAGGCUCACGCUGCCACUGCAACCUUGGACGAAGAGGGGACACCUGCUCUGAGGUGGUGCUGGUGAACUUUCCCCGGUUCUAUGGCUACUCUCACAUGACCUUUGAACCCUUGAAGAACUCUUACCAGACCUUUCAGAUCACUUUGGAGUUCAAGGCAGACUCUGAGGAUGGCUUGUUGCUAUACUGUGGAGAGAAUGAACACGGCCGUGGAGACUUCACCUCUUUGGCCGUGGUGCGUGGCAAGCUGCACUACAGGUUUAACUGUGGUACAGGAGCAGCUCAAAUAGUCAGUGAGAGUCGUAUUGUUGUUGGUCAGUGGCACACAGUCACCGUCUUCAGAGACGGCAUGAGCGGCUGGCUGCGUAUGGACAAUGACACCCCUAUAUCUGGACGCUCACAGGGUCAAUACACUAAGAUCACUUUCCGCACCCCGCUGUAUGUUGGUGGAUCCCCGAGUGCUUAUUGGCUGAUCAGGGUGACAGGGACAAAUCGUGGCUUUGUUGGCUGCAUUCAGAGUCUGACCAUCAACAACAAGGCCACAGACAUCAGACCCUGGCCUUUGGGCAGAGCUCUGAGUGGAGCAGACAUAGGUGAGUGCAGCGACCGUGUAUGUGACCUGGUCAGCUGUGCCAAUGGUGGAGUCUGCUUUACAAACCGUGCCGAUGGCUACAUCUGCCUAUGCCCGCUCGGCUUCAGGGGAGCACUUUGUGAAGCGAGUUUCUCACUGUCCUCACCUCUCUUCAAUGAGACAGUGUUUUCAUACGCUGUCAUCCCAUGGCCUCAGUCCUCUCAGAGUUAUCUGUCCUUUAUGGAGUUUGAGCUGACGUUUCGACCGUCGAUGCCCGAUGGGACGCUGCUGUAUAGUGAUGACGCAGGCAGCGGAGACUUCCUAGCUAUCAACCUGGUGGACAGAUAUGUGGAGUUCAGAUUUGACUGCGGCUCUGGAGGAGCUAUAAUAAGGAGUGAAGAGCAGAUCAGUCUGGACUCAUGGCAUGAGCUGAGGGUGUCUCGCACAGCAAAGAGUGGUAUCCUCCAGGUGGACAGCCAGAGGCCAAUGGAAGGAAUCGCUGAGGGAGCUUUCACUCAGAUCAACUGCAGUUCGCCCCUUUAUAUUGGUGGAGUACCAGAAUACGAUAAAACCAAGAGGACAGCAGGUGUAAUAAAGCCCUUCACUGGAAUUAUUCAGAAGCUCAUACUCAAUGACCACACCAUCCCAAUAACAACCGGCUCUGCUGAUGGAGUUAAUGUAGCAAAUUCAGUUCAUCCAUGUGUGGAAAGUCCCUGUGCCAAUGGAGGGACCUGCAGGCCAAAGUGGGAUAGUUAUGAGUGUGACUGCCCCCUAGGGUAUGAUGGGAGGCACUGCCAGAAAGAGUGUGGGAAUUACUGUUUGAACACUGUGACUGAAGCCAUUGAGAUCCCACAGUUCAUUGGCCGAAGUUACCUGACAUACGACAACAGAGAUAUCCUGAAAAGGGUGUCUGGGUCCAGGACCAACCUUUUCAUGCGUUUUAAGAGCACAGCUAAGGAUGGCCUGUUGCUAUGGCGAGGAGACAGUCCAAUGAGACCCAACAGCGACUUCCUGUCUAUGGGGCUUCAGGAUGGUGCACUAAUCUUCAGUUACAACCUCGGCAGUGGUGCGGCUAACAUCGCUGUCAAUGGGACCUUUAGCGAUGGAAAGUGGCACAGAGUCAAAGCUGUGAGGGAUGGCCAGUCAGGGAAGCUGACAGUGGAUGACUAUGGAGCAAAAACAGGAAGGUCACCUGGAAAGAUGAGACAGCUCAAUAUCAACGGACCCUUAUACAUUGGUGGCAUGAAAGAGAUAGCUCUUCACACAAACAGACAGUACAUUGGAGGCUUGGUGGGCUGUGUGUCCCACUUCACACUCUCCACUGAUUAUCACUUAGCACUGGUGGAGGAUGCUGCUGACGGCAAGAACAUCAACACCUGCUCCAACUAGAAAAUGGCUUCAGUACACAAAGGUCCAUUUUCAGCACCAUUUUCAACUGGAGCGAACACUUCGACCAGCUGAUUUGUCAUCUUGAAAUAGCCCCAAAUAAAUGAAAACUGAAAACAAUACAAUUUUGGUCUACCAGUUCAGGGCUGACAUGGUAUAAACUCAAACUGGACAAAGACUAACAACAUUGUUAUUUUGAGUCACAAGAACAUUUAAGUGGCUCAUGUGUGCAAAGUUUUUCAAACCAACUCCAACCUGCCAAGUUGUAAGUUUUAUUUUAACAUUAACAACUUGAUGAAUUGCUCUGAAAAACAGUUUCGACACAUGGCAACAGCAAAAACGACCAGAGGAUAUUACAAAGCACAAGUACUCUGUGGAAGGAGAGAAAAAGCUUAGCGUUAUGGGUAAUGAGGGUCUCUGAAAAACCUUUUGAAGGACAUUUUUUUCAUGGGAUGAUUCCAGUCGUUUCUUUAUUUUUUCUACUGUAAAUCCUUAUUUGAUUGCUGGAAGAUCCAAGUGAUCUGAGGGAUCAAGAGUCAUCACAAGUUUUUCAUAAACCUGACCUAGAGCAGCUAGCAGAGAUAAACUUCUUUUUAGAGGAUUUUGGUUUUGGCUCUAGAGGAUUUCUGUUGUUUUUGUUGUUGUGACAUUUGUAUUCUUGUUCGUGAUGUAUUAUCAGUGUGUAGACUACAUUUUGUGAAAGUCUGAUUGAUGUCAGCUUUUUUAAAGGUUGCUAGUUUUGAAGGAUGAAGACGUCAGCCACACACAAUAUGUGUUUCUUUAUACCUUCUUCUUUUAGUUUACAAGCUCCUUUAUUUGGAACGCUCAGAUACUAGUCACAUGAAAGUCUGAUGUUGACACGGUGAAGCAGCCAAAAUCCUGGAGGAAUUGUGCGCGACUGCAGCCUUCCAAUUGAGUUGCUUUGUAGCUUUUGUUGUCACACCAGAGAAAAUAAAUAAUUUCUCUUAUUUAAGCAUAUGUAAUGAAGCCUAAGCUUUACUUUUAAAAGGGACACUGCGAAUGUUCCAUCUACUCUGCAUUUUUUGAAUUAACUUAAAUGUGGUGAAAUGAAGUGACACCAAUGUCUGAAUAUGAUGGUUUGCCCAUGAGAUCUACACCCCCGGUUUCAAAGUUUGAGCUCAGAACAAAUCCAGUAAACUGUCAGUUAUUGAAUGAGCGUGAAUUUAUUUGAGGGGAAUAAAAAAAGUCAUGGGUCGAACGUGUCAUUUUCAACAAGUGUGUCAAGUCUGAAAGCCAUUUCAAAUGAGGUUCAGCCAAUAAAAUACACCAUGUGUGACUGUGGAAUGUGAAAGAACCCGAGUGGCACACCACUGGGUGAUUAGAUGGGCUGACCAUCCACUGUACAAAAUGUAGCAUGUAUUGACUGUGUGACAUCUGAUGAAACAUGUUUGUUAAAUAGCUGUUAGCCAUAGACUGUAGGAAAAUGUUCUGUGAUGUCAGCAAAUGUGUUUAAAGAUCCAUUUAAAGCUUUAGGUUUAGGUUUAUGCUUUCUGCCAAAGUUGUUAGUUAGUGAGAUAAUGGCCAGAUAAUCCACAUUUCUGCAAAGUCCUGACAUCGGUGGAGCUGAAACAUGACGAGCAAGCAGGAACCACCACGGCUGAGUGUGCACAUCCCAAAACUUAGUACUACUCAAGCCUUAAUAUCCCCCUUAAUAUCUUAAUAAUCCCCUGAAUAUUUAAAUGAGCAAUUUACGAUCUUAAAGAAGUGUAUAUAGGUGUCCCCAUUUGUUAUGUGAUUGGUUGAUUAUAGGCGAAUUUGUAAGUAUACCUUUCAAGGCUUGCAGUCACCUCCCAUUGCAAGAUGAUCAGAAACAGAAAUACAUUAAGUGAGUUAAAUACCAUUAGACUUGAUUUGCAAAAAUCUGCCACCAUUUUCUUUUUUUAAAUUAACAUACAAAAAAUGUUCAAUGUAUUUGUAAUUGGUAUACUGUGACUGCUGCCUGACAAAAACUAGACUCUGCUAACCAAAUAGCCUGCCAAUUAAAUAAGUUGCUAACCAAGUUUUUGUCAUGGUUUGUCAUGAAUGGUAGUGAUCUCUACAUUUUAUUUGGGGAAUGGGCUCAGUUCAAACACCGAAAAUGACACAGUGUCAUAAACCGCUGUUGUUGUCACUGUGCUUGUUAUUUGUCUGUGUCCCUGAUCCGUUUCACAUCACAUUUAUACCGUGAAGUCACACAUUCCAGAUGAUAUUUGCCAUGGAACUGACAAAACAGUGGUGGACAAACUUUCUAUUCAUUUUAGUAAAAUCUACUCCAAGAAACAAAAUUUACUUAAAACAGAAUUGCAACAAAAGAAGCUGUUCCUGCCUUAUAUGGUCACACUGGAGCGGCAGCACGCUCUCACCUGCUGCGCUAACUGAGGGUUGUUUUUUACAUAAAGAGGGUGAUGGAGGUUACGAAACAGCAAGUUAUAUUAUUUCUCAAACAGCUAAAACUAAAGUUCUUUGCAAGGCCUGCAUGAAAAAACAAAAGGAAAUUUUAUAACAGAAUAGAGCUCAAGUGGUCAGCAACACAAGUAGACAAGGGGAUGAUUCUGCUGCAAUCAAACAAUGAUUAUGUCAAAAUAACAACAGAAAAAUAAAUCUGCAUAUCCAAUUUACAGUAAAAUUGAAAGCUGUUUAUUGCACAGCUGACAAAUCCCUGGUAGCAACAACAAGAAAACAAAAUAUUGACAUGAAUAAAGCACUGGUUUACCCUGUUUAGGCUCUGGUAAAAAGAAGAUUUGAGUAUCAAGUACAUGAAAACAUUAGAAAAAAUGACUUUGACAACCUAAGACUGUGAUUCACAGAGGCAAUCUACCCCUAACCUUGUUAGUUGCCUAUACUUAGGUAUACCUUAACCAUGGCAGAUCAGAAAACGCUCAUGAGUCAUUUUAAAAUGGGUAAUUUUGGAGGCAACCUAUGUUGUCAUUAUGGUAUGAGGAAUUGUUUGAAACACACAACAACAACCUGUGAAAAACCCACACAGCAGUUCUGGAAGCAAGAAAAUGGUUUUUGUGCCACAUUGUACGGAAGAUUUCUAAAACACAAUACACAAACCCACAGGAACACAAUGUUCAGUAUAGAGGAAUGGUCUGCACACGAAAAGACACACUGAAUUCCUGUACUUUCAUUGUAUUUUUAAACCCCAUCAUUAUUGCCCUUUCUGGAGGUCUUUUCAAUCACAAGCAAAGCUAUAUGAUUUGACAUCACAUUUCAGAACAUUCUGGUUGUUUUUGAGGCUACUACAUUUUUGUAUUGUGCUUUGAAAAUGUGGCAGUUUGAUGCACGUUUGUCAGCUGCAAUACAACCAGCUAUGAAGUAUUCAACCACAACAAGUCUUGGCACAUGCUGAAUUCAUGCUGUUUCAUCUAUAUUCCUUCUUGAACUUUUUUUGGUUUGCUUGACUUGAGUACUUACAGUACACACCAUAGGCAGUGCUGAAUGCAGAACAACAUCUGCACUGUGUUUGGAGAAAUCUGCUGACUUGUGUUCAUUAUUAACUUCUUCUGAUUACUAUGAGCUUCCUUACAACAGCUUUUUUUUCUCAGUCACAUGUAAAAACAGUUGCUACACCAGAUGUAUUUUGUCAAUCUAACUAGUAAUGUCUAUCUCCUGAUCACUGUUCAGUUCUGGUUUUGACAUAAAGAAGGACAUUGUCUUGCUUAAAUACAGCCCACAGCUCCAUCAUAUUAA